AUGAAAACAACCUACUACAGGCAGGGGAACAGGGCAGGUAAACUACUAGCCUCUCAUCUUAAGGAAAGAACCUCCCAGGUAAAAAUCCCCUAUGUCAGGGAUGGUCAUGGAACUAAAGUUAUGAACCCUAAAGCGAUUGUAGACGAAUUUGCUGCCUUUUACGCACAACUAUACAACCUCUCCGGGGAUACCACCCAGCACCAACCCACCCCUCAGAACAUCACCACCUUCCUGGAGGGUAUACACCUUCCCCAGCUCUCCACUGAACAGGCCACAGCACUUACAAAUCCGAUCGUACCCACCAAGAUAUCUAGGGCAUUAUGUGACACCCCAAGACACAAGACCCCAGGCCCGGAUGGCUACUCCACUCACUACUAUAUUGUUUUUGAGGACCUUCUACUCCCCCAUCUCACGGCAAUAUUCAACCACAUUUUAGACACGGGCAACAUACCCCCGGAAAUGUUAGAAGCCACAAUUGUCACACUUCCCAAACCAGGCAAAUCCACAGACUCAUGCGCGAACUACUGCCCGAUUUCACUUCUUAAUGCCGACACCCAGUUAUUCACCAAGGUCCUGGUAAAUAGAAUCCGCCCCCUACUAUAUCAACUUGUCUCACCUGAGAAGUCGGGCUUUGUUCCAGGAUGCCAGGUAGAGGACAACACCAGACGAUCCCUGGACAUAAUGGAACUCAUGAACUCGGACAGCUCACAGGGACUUAUGAUAGCACUGGGGCUAUAUGUCAGAGGUCCUCCGCAGGCUUACCUUCCCACCCAAAUUCUUAACUGGACUCCUAUCCCUAUACUCUUCCCCUCAAGCUACAGUCAUGAGUUCCGGAUUCAUCUCUAG